AUGCCGAACAGACCAGGAGAGGAAACGCAGUGUCCAGGACUCUGCGACUGUGUGAGCCGCUACCACAUGUCUCCCAGCAGUGUCCACAUUUUACAGAGGGUGACUGGUUGUGAGUGGGAUGAUGAGACUGGAGAGGUUCAUGGUUUUAAUCAAUAUGGUUAUGAUGGAGAAGACUUCCUAUCAUUGGACCUGAAGACAUUGACAUGGAUCGCUCCUAAACCACAGGCUGUCACUAUCAAACAAAGAUGGGAUGCUGACAAAGCUAGAAUAGAAUUCAAUGUGAUUUACCUCACACAGGUUUAUCCUGAGUGGCUGAAGAAAUAUUUGGACUAUGGCAGCAGCUCUCUGCUGAGAACAGAGCUUCCCUCAGUGUCUCUCCUCCAGAAGACUCCCUCCUCUCCAGUCACCUGCCAUGCUACAGGUUUCUACCCUGACAGAGCCAUGAUGUUCUGGAGGAAAGAUGGAGAGGAGUUUCAUGAGGACGUGGAGCACGGAGAGAUCCUCCCCAACCAUGAUGGAACCUUCCAGAUGAGCGUCGACCUGAACCUUUCAUCAGUCACACCUGAAGACUGGAGGAGGUACGACUGUGUGUUUCAUCUCUCUGGUGUAGAGGACGACAUCGUCACCAGACUGGACAAAGCAGAGAUCAGGACCAACUGGGCAGAGGAGCCGAGUCACAUGACCGUCCCCAUCACUGCUGCAGUGCUUGUUCUUGCUGUCGUCCUCAUCGCUGUCACUGGAUUCAUCAUUUACAAGAAGAAGAAAGCCUCACGUCCUCCAUCUUCUGCUGACAGCUCUGAGCUCUGUGAGAAUCUGAAUCCAGAGACAUGAAUGACAAACACACUCAGC